UUAUACAAUUUGUUCUCUCUCUCUCUCUCUUUCUCUAGUCUCUCUACCAUAAAGCAAAUGUGAUCAGAGACAAAGCAUACAACAAAGAAGUUCCUCAUUCAAAAAAGAUUUCUCAGCCAUCAUCAUUUUUCCAUUCUCUUCAUCUUACCCCAAAAAAAUAAAAUAAAAAAGAAACGAAAUACAUAGCUUUACUUCUUCCAAAUACAGAAGUCAAUUAACAAAAAAGAAUUAUCAGGUUUUGUUUCCGCUGAUCUGAGGAAGUGCAUCAUCUAUGGAUACGGCUCAAUGGCCACAGGAGAUUGUAGUGAAGCCCUUGGAAGAAAUAGUAACAAACACAUGCCAGAAGCCGCAACAGCAACAGCUUCAGCAACCACCAACGGCUGGGGCUGCGGGGGGAGAGAGGAAGGCAAGGCCAGAAAAGGACCAAGCUGUGAACUGUCCGAGAUGUAACUCAACCAACACAAAGUUUUGUUACUACAACAAUUAUAGUUUGACGCAGCCAAGAUACUUCUGCAAAGGUUGUAGAAGGUAUUGGACCGAGGGUGGUUCCCUUAGGAACAUUCCUGUUGGCGGUGGCUCAAGAAAGAACAAGAGAUCUCACUCAUCUUCAAUUUCUUCUUCUUCUGAUCUUGGCAACAAUCACUCAGUUUCUACACAACCAGCUACAAAGAAGCAUCUCUCUGACCAUCACCACCACCUCAUGAGCAUGUCUCAGCAACAAGGUUUGACCGGUCAAAACCCUAAAUUCCUUGAGGCGACCCAACAAGAUCUCAAUUUAGGUUUUCCACCACAUGGGAUGAUCAGAACCAACUUCACUGACCUCAUUCACAACAUUGGCAACAGUAGCAGCAACAACAAGAGCAGCAACAAUAACAAUCCAUUGCUUGUGUCUUCAUGUUCUGCCAUGUCAACUUCUUCUUUGGAUCUCAUAAGAAACAGUAGUAAUAAUGGGAACUCUUCAAAUUCUUCGUUUAUGGGCUUCCCAGUUCAUAAUCAAGAUCCAACAUCAGGAGGGUUUUCAAUGCAAGAUCAUUACAAGCCUUGCAACACAAACACAACACUGCUAGGGUUUUCAUUAGAUCAUCAUCAUAAUAAUGGAUUCCAUGGAGGGUUUCAAGGAGGAGAAACAGGAGGAGAAGGUGGCGAUGAUGUGAAUGGAAGGCACUUGUUUCCUUUUGAGGAUUUGAAGUUGCCAGUUUCUUCUUCAUCAGCAUCAGUCAGUGUCGACGUUAAUGAGCAACAGAAGCGAGAAAGUGGUGGUGAUGCAGCCGCCACAUCUGGUGGCUAUUGGACUGGGAUGUUGAGUGGAGGAUCAUGGUGCUAAUUAAUUUCUCGCCUUCCAUUGAUUGAUGAAGUUAGUACUACUAUUACUGGUUAAUUAUUGCUAUUUAUUUAAUUAAUCAAUAUGUUCUUCACUUUGAAUUUUAUUAUUGGUGGGUUUUUUAAUUUUUUUUUUUUUAGUUUUUCUUAACUUGGAUUUAAGGAUAUUAUUAUUGGGGGUGCAUGCAUAUUGAAUGACUUUAAUUUGUUUUGAAUUUUGUUAUUGCUAACACAGAUUAUAAAUGAUACAUUUGGUUGGUCUU